AUGUUUCUUAGUGUAAGAGAAGGCACCAAGGUUUCUGUUUUAGGUUCUGUUGUAGCAACAGUUCUACGAGUAGCACCAGGUAAUAAUUACUGGAUAAUUUGUCUCAAUUCGCAACCAGAAAAUGAAAUUGAGAUCUCAUCAGGCCGUAUGAAGUUUGUAGCUUUUUCCACAACUAGUUCAGAUACCGAUCAAAAUAUGGAUGACGAAAAGAGAACAAGUGAUAGCAAAAUGGAUAGUGAAACAGAUAUUUUAAGUAAUACUAAUGAUAGUUCUGAAGAUGGAGAAGUCAUAAACGUUAUUGUACACAUUGCUGAUAUCUCUAAAGCAACACCCAGACAAUUUUUUAAGCAGUUUAUGCCUGUUGAUUUUAUAAUGUCAGUGUGGAGUGAUUUAACAUGGAUAGAAUUUAUAAGAUUUAUUGGUAUUUUAACGAUUAUGACGUAUGUAAAAUAUGCUGAUAUUUGCGAUUAUUGGUUCAUUAAACAAGAAACAGCUGGAGUUUCACUGGCAUUUGAUAUACCAGCAAAUGAUGAUCCCUUUCAUUUUGCACAGCAGUUUCACGAUGAAUUUAACGAAAAUCUUACAAAAGCUAUCCUACCUGUUGAUAAAAGUCCAUUUCAACGAAAAAUACCGAGAAAGCCGCAUCCAAUUGGAUGUGAAUUCAAAACUCUUGCAGAUACUCAAAUUAAUUUGUUCUUAAGAUUAGACCCAGUAGAACCUUCAGAAUGUGCUAUAAAAAAAAAAUUUUUGGAUCAAUACCCAGCAACUGUUGCAUCUAUGUUAAGAUUA